UUACAGGAAAGUCAUGGAGGCGCUGAAACCUUUCUGGUAAACUCUUUUUAUUAAUAAUUCGGAUAAAAUUAGGAGAAAGAAACAAAUAUGAAUGUUGCUUUUUACUUAAUAUCUGUACUUUACGAGUCCAUUUAUCUUUCAGCCUAUCGCACUUCUUCAGUGUAUCGUACAUGAGGUAAGUCAAACUUAUUUCGCUUUGCCCUUGUUCCUUGGUACUUAAGGCUUUGAUCUCUUACUAACACAAAAUGAACUAAGCUAUAAACGAUAAAAUAAUCCUCACGGUGAUUAUGCAAAUGACCGUUGCCGGGUUACGAAACCUCCCCCUUUAAUAAUCAGGGUAAGUGCAAAACUUUUCAUGAGUUUUCUUUGUAUUUUUUAGAAUAAAAAAUAUUUUAGGAUCAAGGAUGAGACUCGGGGGAAGUCGGGGCAACUGAGGGCAACUAGGAAAUGGCUCAUUGGCGAUUAUCGAAAGUCGUAACGGUGAAAACAUUACCCCGCAAGCUAGCCUAGUUUGAUGCGUUUGUUCGAUUGAUUGAUUGAUUGAUUGAUUGAUUCAUUAAUUGACUGAUUGAUUGAUUAAUUGACUGAUUGAUUGAUUGAUUGAUCGAUUGAUUGAUUGAUUGACUGAUUGAUUGAUUAAUUGACUGAUUGAUUGAUUGAUGGAUCGAUUGAUUGAUUGAUUGAUUGAUUGAUUAAUUGACUGAUUGAUUGAUUGAUUGAUUGACUGAUUGAUUGACUGAUUGAUUGAUUGAUUGAUUGAUUGAUUGAUUGAUUGAUUGAUUGAUUGAUUGAUUGAUUGAUUGAUUGAGUGAGUGAGUGAGUGAGUGAUCGAUCGAUCAAUGGAUGGAUGGAUGUUUGGGUGGAUGGAUAUGUUCGAAUGAUGGAUUGGUUCACUGAGUGAUUAGUUGUUUGAUUAAUUGCUUGAUUGAUUGAUUGAUUGAUUGAUUGACUUACUAAUCUAUUGUUAGUUAUAGGUACAGUAUCGAUACAGUACUGCACUCUUUCUUUUUAAGAAUGCGCCAUGUCUACCUGCGGAUAAGUUUUCCCCGUCAAUUGUGAAUUUUGUAUCUCAGUGGUGAGUAUUAGUCCUCGCCAAUUUACUGGUAACCACAAACGGAACUAAACUUCUGGGCCGUCUUGCGUAAAGCCGGGUUAAUAUGACCCAAGGUUAAGGUGAAAUUUGAAUACAGAUAUGAAAGCUUAAAAAGCAAAUUCAGUGUAAUCCUCUUUGUCUACAAUGUGAUGAUUGGAUGCUCUAAAAAUAAUGGGGAAAAUUUUCCGAGAAACCCGGGCUAGUACUAAUCACCCUUCGAACAACCCUGGUAAAGCUCGUCUGCGAAACGGCGCCGAAAUCCUUGUUUUGUUUCCCCACCUGUGUAGCAGGAUUUGAGUACAUGAUUGGCCUGAUAAAAAAGCCAUUGUCGAUUUGCCAAUAACGUUGGAGGGAAAUUCGAAACACGUUACCAGUAUUCGUUGAGUCCGUAUCGGCGCUGCUUUUCAGACGUUACUAAUCGGGGUUACAUUAGGUCUGCGACGCAGGCUAAUUUACUGUUACAUAAAUGUGAAAAGACUUCCUCACCAGAUUCUCGUUGUUCUUUUUUUUUUCUCAGCAUGCAGAAAAGCCCAUCAGCAAGGCCAACUCCUGAGGCGGUUAUGGUAGGCUCAGUUUGACCUUUUGUUUACCAGUUGCGGUCGCAAAACUGUCGUUGUUGUUGUUGUUAUUUUUUAAUCUCUCUCUCUCUCUCUUUCUUUGUGAAUGUUAGACACAUCCAUUCAUCGCAUCAAAUGAUGACGGAAAUGUGGACAUUAUAUCCAUGUGGGUGUGUCGUCAGCCAGAACAGAGAAGAUCACGUGACCAAAGCUUGGACUCGCCAACUUCAGAAUCAUCUUGA